AUGAAUGCCGCGACAUAUCAACCCGCGAGUACCACUGCAGUGCCUGAAAUGCAAAGUGCAAACCUCAGCUUACAAAUCCUCAAACAUUACCAUUCUUUCCUUUUGGCGGUACCUUUCACCGUCGACAACAACGGGGCACAUGGAUACUCGCCGACUCGAGAACUAAUGAAUCUGCAGCGCCCUCCCCCCUUCCCCCCGGUGCUCGACGGCUGUCCGCCCAUCCAGUUUCAUAUACUAAACCAUAUGCUGGUUCGCAGCGCCCCACACACACCACCGGCGCGGAACUGUGACGCCACGUUUGUGACCGGCGUCGUCAGAAAAUAUCUUCAGUUCGGCCCACGCAGAAGUAUUGUGGAAUCUCCCGAAUUGUAA